CUGUUAACUAGUCUUCUAUGGUCUUGAUUCACAAAAAAGGAAGUUAAAAAACUGCUUUUAACAGGAGAGGGAGUGUGUGCUCUCCAAAACUGAGCUCCUGCGCUGCGCCAAAGCUAAGCGGCUAAGCUACGUAGUGAUCUAUGGAGAUGAUAAUGGACCUCUUGUUCCUGUGUUUGGGGCUCGUGUUUCUCCGGCUCUGGUGGCGCUACUGGUCGGUGACCGGCGGAGGACGGAGGAAUCUGCCCCCAGGGCCGCCAGGGUGGCCAGUGGUGGGAAACCUGAUCCAAGUCAUCCUCCAGCGUAGGCCCUUCAUCUUUGUAGUCCGUGAUUUACGUGCAAAAUAUGGUCCCAUCUUCAGCAUGCAAAUGGGGCAACGCACUCUCAUCAUCGUUACCAGCUCCGAUCUCAUCCACGAAGGCCUCGUCCAGAGAGGUCCCGAGUUCGCAAGCCGCCCCGCUGACUCCCCCAUCCGCCUCCUCUUCAGUGUCGGCAAAUGCGCCAUCAACUCCGCCGAGUACGGCCCUGUCUGGCGCACCUUGCGACGAAACUUCGUCACCGAGUUGAUCAGCCCGGCCAGGAUUAGGCAGUGCAGUUGGAUCCGAAGCUGGGCUAUCCACUCCCAUAUGGACAGGCUCAAAUCCGAGGCGGCUGCCGACAACAACGGCGGCGUUGUCCACGUCAUCAGCAACUGCAGGCUCACCAUCUGCAGCAUCCUCAUAUGCUUGUGCUUCGGGGCUAAAAUCACCGAGGAGAAAAUCAAAACGAUUGAGACCGUUUUAAAGGACGUCAUGAUGAUGACCACACCGAAGCUCCCGGACUUCCUGCCUGUCCUCACUCCGUUGUUCCGCAGGCAGGUGAGAGAAGCUAAGGAGCUGAGGAGGAGGCAAAUGGAGUGUUUGGUUCCACUCAUAAGAAACAGAAAAACAUUUGUUCAAGCUAAUCAAAGUAGUGAUGGUAAUAUGGUGAGCCCCAAGGGCGCUGCGUAUAUUGACUCCUUGUUUGAGCUGGAAGUGCCUGGAAGAGCUCAGCGGUUGGGAGAGGAAGAGCUUGUCACCCUUUGCUCGGAGGUCAUCAAUGCCGGGACGGAUACGAGCGCCACGACGCUGGAGUGGGCUCUGCUCCAUUUGGUGAUGAACCAAGAAAUCCAACAAAAGCUUUACAAUGAGAUUGUUGACUGUGUAGGGAAGGAGGAGGUGACUGAAAGUGACGUUGAAAAAAUGAGCUAUCUUUCUGCGGUGGUUAAGGAAACUUUUAGGCGACACCCGCCGAGCCACUUCGUCCUGUCACACGCGGCGGUGAAGGAGACGGUGCUAGGCGGGUACACCGUCCCGGCGGAUGCAAGUGUGGAGUUUUACACUGCAUGGGUCACUGAGGAUCCGAAUCUGUGGGAGGAUCCGGGGGAGUUCCGGCCCGAGAGGUUCUUGGAAGGCGACGGGGUUGACGUGGACGUCACCGGGACCAAAGGAGUGAAGAUGGUACCUUUUGGAGCGGGCAGGCGGAUAUGCCCGGCUUGGACUUUGGGCACUUUGCAUGUAAACUUGCUGCUUGCUCGGAUGGUGCAGGCUUUCAAAUGGUUGCCGGUUCCGGAUGCCCCACCCGACCCGACUGAGACAUUUGCUUUCACUGUUGUUAUGAAGAACCCUCUCAAGGCCAUUAUUUUGCCUAGGUCAUCAUCAUCCAUCAUCGUGUGAUACUUUUUUUAUGGUUGGUCUAAUCAGUAAUUAUAGUUAUUAUUAGUAUCCGUGUGGCUUACUACAUUUUUAUUGCUACAUUAAUUGUUUGUGUUUUUUUCCUGUUUUUCGGCUUUAAAUUCAGGACGAAGACCAUUCAAGGCAACCAACAACCAUUCUGCAUCAUCCACCAACUAUAAGAAAUAGGGAUGAUUUCCUUUAUGAAUUUUGUUGGGUUUUGAAGAGGUUUUGUCUGUAAAAAUUUAUUGCUGUAAGAUUUUAGAUACAAUGCCUUUAAUCCAACUCUCAAUCAGUUUUUGAAUUCA